AUGUGCUAACCCAAGCAUAUUCCAACACGACACGGCAAAAGGACAAUCUAGGAAUAGAUGAUGUAGAGAUUCCUCUAUAUCCUGAUGACAGCACACAACUAUAGCUGGGUAAUUUCAUAUUCUUCCUUUUCAAAAGCUCCCAUGGUCCUUGAUUGCUAACCAAAAGACCUUUCUCUUUGGCAGACAACUCGAAUGCUAGAGCCAAUUGUAAGCAGGUGACACUGUGAUAGAACCCAACAAGUGUGAGCAUUGAAUCCCCAGAUAUAACCCCAUGUGUCUUUACUGUGACUAGGAUGGAUUCCUUCUAACUCAGUGAUCAACAACUGGUACUUAUCAUGGGCUUCAACUGAAAGAGGGACACGGGGGAAAAAACAGACUUAUCUUCGGUAGCUAGGAACUGCUGUACCAACGUGUGCCUAACAAAUGAGAACAAUUCUGGUCAAUAUGUACCAUGCCAUGCCAAACAUCUAAUCAGAAGAGACAGGCUGCAUGAGCCAUCAUCAGUUGUGACUGAGGCCAUGCCCUUGAAUGAAUUAAACCACUUAAGAACAUCCUUCUUCCAUCAAAAAGAGCUCUUCUCUAAUGUAAUUUAAUGAACCAAAUAGCUAAUUUUUUCCUUUUUGUUAGACAUUUUUUUUAUUUUUUUUUACUUAACUCAUUUAAUUACACUAGAGAAAAACAGCAUAUACAUAGCACCGUCUCCAUCCUUACUCUUUUUUUUCCUUCGACGCUGUAACGAGACCGAGGAGACAGCGAACGCAUGGUCGAAUUGCUUGAGGGCCGCCAGUGCUGUUGGACUACUGGCGCUUGUGCUCCCACGUCGCUUCUCCCUUGAAACCGCAAAACAUUCCACCAACCCCUCGCCGGAGCUCUUGCCAAUCCGCCAUGCCGCACCUACUUCCUCCAUGUUUUGACAGCUUUAAACAUCGACAGCUCCUGCUGCUCGUUGUCGUCUUCGUCGCCGCGGCGCACAAUCCAACUCUCACACGGCCGCCGAACAAUACAGCACUCGUCAGUCUGUGUCUCGCUGCACUGAGCCACUGACGCAGUUGCUCUCCAGCUCGAACGGCGGCUCACGCGCGCUCCUCCCAAUCCCAUGGAGCCACAGCAGCUGCGACUACGAAUUCUGGACACCGUGCGCCUGUCGCCGCCACCCGCCCCGGCGCAGCACGCGGCGGCCCUCCCGCUCUCCGGCCUCGACGCCGACCGCAACGCGCUCCACGUCACCUUCCGCACGCUCCGCUUCUUCCCACCUCCCCCGCCGUCCAUCGACCCCCACGCGGUCCUCCCGCCCGCGUUCGAGGCCGCGCUCGGUCUCUUCCCGGCGCUCGCGGGCCGCCUCCGCGUCCGCGACGGCCACGUUGUGGUCGGCGCUGCCGCCGUGCCCGUCGUCCUCGCGGAGUCCGGUCUGUCCGCGGCCGACGUCGACACCGACUGCCCCGGCUCGGCGCUGCUCGACCACCUCGCGCCGCCGGGGGACGGCGACGCGGAUACCCCGGUGCUCGCGCUCCAGGCCACGCGGUUCGCGUGCGGCGGCGUCGCGCUCGGGAUGCGGGUCGCGCACGCCCUCUGCGACGGCGCGGGCGCCACCAAGUUCCUCGCCGCCGCGGCGCGGUUCGCGCGGGGGCAGGGGAUGCCGGAGGUGGCGCCUGUGUGGGACCGGCGGGAGCUGCUGGGCCCGAGGCGCCCGCCGCGCGUCGCGACGCUGGUGUUCGACCGCGUCCUCGCGCUCGACGGCGGCGUCGCCCGGUGUGGGCCGUACGGAGCCGUGCGGGAAUGGCGCGAACAGCAGCGGCAGCUGACGAGGGAAUGCUUCCACGUGAGCAACGCGCGCGUGGAGGCGCUGAGAGCGCGGAUCGCCGACGAGGCUGGCGUCAAGCUCACGACCUUCGAGGUUGUCGCAGCGUUCAUCUGGCGCGCCAGGGUCAAGGCAAACGGGACCAGCUCCGGCGAGGUGGUGAAGAUGGUGUACUCCAUGAACAUCAGCAAGCUCGUCGACCCGCCGCUCCCCGACGGGUACUGGGGCAACGUGUGCGUCCCUGUCUACGUCACCCUGGCCGCCUGCGACCUCGUCGCCCAGCCACUGGCGGCAACCGCCGCCCUGAUAAAGAAGAGCAAGCAGGCCGUGGACGACGAGUACGUGCGAUCCUACGUCGACUUCCAGGAGCUGCACCGCCACGAUGGGGUCACGGCGGGAGCCGUGAGUGCGUUCACGGACUGGCGGCGGCUCGGCCAUGGGGAGGUGGACUUCGGGUGGGGCGGCCCCGACUCCGUGCUGCCGCUCUCGUGGAGGAUCCUCGGGAGCACGGAGCCCUGCUUCCUGCUGCCCUACGGCGCGGGGGAUGAGCGGCGGCGGGGAGGGUUCAAGGUGUUCAUCGCGCUGCAGCGCACGGCGCUGGCUGGUUUCAGAGAGGAAAUGCAGGAGCUGCUGUUGCAACCGAAGCAGUGUUCAGCGGGAAAACUUUGAACUUGUUAGAGAUACGGGAAACAGAGUUAUCUGCAUGAAAUUUGAAUUUAAUCCAAAUUUGGAUCGAAUAAAUAGUUAUGAAACAUACAUGACUGAUU